AUGUGCUCUCUUCAUCAUAAAGCUAAAUCAACUGAUGAAUGUUGUGAUAAUGUUCAAUCAGACACUGGAUUACUUCAAACUAGUAAGACAUCUCUUCUGGGCGCAGCUUCUUCUUUCAUCCAACCUCAUGCGAAGACAUAUCAAGACUCUUCAAUCGAAAAAUCAAGUUCAAUCAGCAAUCUUCAUUCCUCGUCAGGAGGAGAAGGUGAUGUUGGCGAUAUAAAUUUCAGCAGUUUAUCCAUCGAUGAAACAAAGAUUGUUUUAAAGAACGAUAAUGAAACUAAGAUAAAUAAUUCUGGUAAUGAUGGCUCUGUCUUCACAGCUGAAUCUCAGGCUAAACAAGUUCUCGAUUCUUCAACUCGACUUUCUAAUUUAAUUGAUAAUAUUUCAAAUUCGUUUGUUAACAUUAAAAGAUAUUUCAAGAAAAAAAAUACUCUUUUCUCUUCUGGAAGCGAUUCUUCUUUUUCUGAACAUGAAGUAAUUCAAGGUAUUUCGGAAGAUCCAAUAGACAGAUAUAUAUCCAAUAGUGAAGAAGAGGAAGAUUAUCACGGAGAUAGCAAUUCUUCACAAGAGCUUCCUAGCAAUGAGUCUUCCUCUUUUUCAGAUCGUGAAGACAUUCAAGAGGUUUCGAAAAGUUCAAUAGAGGUCGUUAGUGCAGAUAUAACCACCAGCGAAGAGGAGAGAGAUGAUGGCGGAGUUACAAAUUCUUCACAACACCUUCCUAAUAAACUUGAUGGCACUUCUAUUAGCAACAUUAAAUAUAAUUUUAAGAAUAAUAAACCAGUUUUUUCUUCCAGAAGUAAUCCUUAUUUUUCAAAUCGUGAAGAAAAUAAAAAUGUUUUGAAAGAUCCUGUUGACGUAAUCAGAAUCCACAGGACCACUAGCGAUGAGGAAGAAAAAGUCCCCUCGUAUGAUUUAGAUUCACAUCUUAAUAAAAAUAUACGUGCUUCAACUGAAUGCCUGAAUUAUCUAUUUUUGAAGAGCUCGCAAGAUGCAAGUGCCAAGAUUCCUUUACCAACUCAUUCGAGUAACCCUAACCAUACUUCCUUCCUCUUAUCUCUGACACCAGAAGUCCCUCAUGGAAUGUGUCAUCCAGGAGCUGUUAAAUACAGAGGGAUAUCUUAUUCAAAGCACAAAAACGAACUCGCCCAUCUAUUGUUUAAAUUAUUCAAUAAGGAAAUAUUUGCAGGAAAGCUGCCACCAUUGGAAAUAAAGUGGUCUGAUGAGCUUACUACAACUGCAGGUGUGACGAAAUGUUCCUUCGAUGUCAACGAAAACAAAAACGGCAAAAUGCCGUCUCCUGUCAUCCAACUUGCCAGGACUGCUACCAACGACGCCUCUAAGGUUCGCGAUGCGCUACUUCACGAGCUGUGCCACGCGGCCAACCUGUGGAUCGAUGGCAGAGGUGGAGGGCACGGACCAUUAUUUGAUAAAUGGGUCGACAAAAUAUGGAAAGAAUUUCCGGAAAUUCCAAAAGUGAAAACGACAUACUAUUAG